UGCUUCCAUACUACGAAGUAGGUACCGGGAAAAUCUCUAACUUAGCGAAGUAUUCAUGGAUGACCCCACUAGAUCUACCGUAGUAGUGGCGGCGGUAGUAGUAUCGAAGCUACGAUGUCGAUCCCCUAUUUGUUACCCUAGGGCCCUGGGCUAGUUGGUUUAAUGAACUCAUCUCACUAUUACCGAAUACACACACUGUGAUCUUUGGAAUUGAGCUCAUGCAUAUCUACCUACCUACCUAGGUAUAGAUACCGAGUAGGUGGAUAGACAGCAAUGCCAGGCAUGAACAAACACUUGGACGACAAGCUGGGCUCUGUCUUGGCCCGUCGAAAAUCCAAUGGCAAGCUGAGAAGAUUAAACAAUACUCCUGCGAAUUGCGUCGACUUCUCAUCAAACGGUUACUUAUCCCUGUCAACAAAUUCCGCAGUACAGAAAUCGUUGAUAGAACGCUUACAACUCGAAGUUGCAGUUCAUGAGAAGGGUAAAAAGAUAUUGCACGACCCCCACAGGUCCAUUCUUGGCUCGGGAGGAUCUCGUCUUCUGGAUGGUAACUCGCCAUUUGCGGAAUCACUCGAGACAAAAAUUGCAGCUUUCCACGGCGCCGAAGCCGCGCUCCUUUUCACCUCUGCAUAUGAUGCCAACACCGGGCUUCUUAGCUGUGUCCCGCAGGUUGGGGACGUAAUUGUCUACGACGAAUUGAUCCAUGCGAGCGUUCAUGAUGGAAUGCGUAUGAGCCGGGCUUCCAGAAGGAUUCCGUUUGCGCAUAGCUCAAUACUGGAGCCAAAUCUGGGGAAACAUGACAUGCGCCACCAGAGCAAGAACUUAGGGCUUCAUGAUAUCUUGAGACAGCUUUCAAAGGAUAAACUCACCGGUAAUGGUGAGACAAACGUUUUCAUCUGUGUAGAAGGCUUAUACAGCAUGGACGGCGACGUCGCGGCUUUGAAUGAGGUGGCCGAUGCGGUUGAUCGAUACCUGCCUUCUAAAAAUGGCUACAUUAUCGUAGAUGAAGCCCAUUCUGUGGGUAUCUGCGGCGAAAAGGGCCGCGGAUUAGUAUGCCAACUCGCCCUGGAAGAUCGGGUGUGGGCAAGAGUCCUUGGCUUUGGGAAGGCGAUGGGUUGCGCAGGAGGUGUUGUUCUCUGCUCUUCCAUCACUCGGUCGUACUUGAUCAACUACGCUAGGACUCUCAUCUACACGACAUCGAUGACCUUCACAUCAUUAGCAAGUAUCGAUGUAGUUUAUGACUAUCUCAUAAGCGGCCAAUCUGAGCCGCGGCGACAACACCUGGACACCUUGAUUCACUACACCCACCGCCAGCUUCACGCCCUUUGCGCUCGGCUACAACCCGGACAGCACCACACACUUCACGUUCGAAAAACACCUUCCAAGUCACCGGUCAUACCAGUCUUCACCACGCAUCCUCGGGCCCUCUCGGAACACUGCCAGCUAUCGGGCUACAUGGUGCGACCAAUUGUGGCGCCAACGGUUCCAGCUGGAAGCGAGAGAGUGCGGAUUUGCCUGCACGCGGCUAACACGGCGGAACAAAUCGAUGGGCUGUGCAGCGCUAUAGAGGUGUGGGUGCAGAAUCAGACGGCGGUUACUACGAAGCCACAACAGGUAGGCAAUGAACGCGGCAGAGAAAGUGCAGAGGCUGUGGUAGAUGUAUCAACUAGACGAGACAAGCCGCGACUAUGAUUUCUAGCACAUAGUACCUAGCACCUAUCUACCUAUCUAUGAUUUAGGAUACCUAGUGAAGUCCUGCAUCCCAUUUACCAGCUACCUAUUCAUUUCUUUAUCUAGCUUUUAUUUACUUACCCACCUACAACCCCC